UCUUCUUAACACACACACACAGACACACACACUCUCGUGAAGAGCUGAGACCAUGAAGACUGAGAUGCUGACAGUGUUGGCAGCGCUGCUGUGUAGAGCGUCCGUCUGCGCUGAGGUCGCACCCACGAAAGACUUCAGUCUGGAGAAGAUGGCUGGCAAGUGGUACAUGGUUGGCUUUGCCACCAACGCUGCCUGGUUUGUGAACCACAAGGCUGGUAUGAAGAUGGGCAGGGCCACCAUGGUAGCCACACCUGGAGGGGACCUGGACCUCUCGUAUUCCCACCUGAAUGAAGACGGUAGCUGCUGGAGAAUGACUCACCUGGCCAAGAAGACUGACACCCCUGGACGCUUCACCUUCGUCAGCCAGCGGUGGAACAAUGAGAAUGACAUGCGAGUGGUGGAUAUCCAGUCUGAUGACUAUGCUCUGGUCCACACCAUCAAGACCAAGGACGGAGUGUCGGAGGUCCUCAACAAGCUCUACAGUCGCAGUCCUGAGGUGAGCGCUGCUCUGCAGCAGAGGUUCCUGCAGUUCUCCAUGGAUACCGGAAUCCUGCCUAGCAACAUCGCCAUCCUGCCAAAGAACGCUGAAUGUACAGCGGCUUAGACUGCCUCCAUCCUCCCACACACACACACUCUCACAGACACACACACGCACACUCUCUCUCACACACACUCUCUCACACACACACUCUCUCACACACACACACACACACACCCUGAUCACCAUCCUGGGACCUGUCUGCAGCUAUACUACCAAGCUAAAGCUAAACACCUGCUACAGAGAGCUGCUAGCUCCACCCUGGCCCUUCAACCAGACCCCCCACCCACCAGACCCCCCACCCACCAGACCCCCCACCCACCAGACCCCCCACCCACCAGACCCCCCACCCUCCCCCUGGCCCUCCCACCAGACCCCCCUCCCACCAGACCCCCCACCCACCAGACCCCCCACCCACCAG